AUGCGUUCCAUGUGUGCUCACUCGCGGACCCUGUGGGAUGCGCGCGUGAGCAGCCACCGGAUAGGCCUAUCAUGCUGCAUGAGGAUUCCUCUGUUGACAUGACACACUUUCGGGUAUCACCUGUCAGUUAACACAUCCCAGACUCCUGGAUCGUGGUCGUAUGCCAAACACAGCGUUCUUAAAAAUGGCACAGGUCGCAAGAGAUCGCUCUCAUCCUCGACUGACAACCAAGACAGUGGUCUUUUACAGAAACGGCGAUGCACAUUUCCCAGGAAAGAGGUUUGUGGUGAACCCUCGUCAGCUGACAACAUUUGAUAGCUUUUUGAACGCGGUGACCCUUGGGGUCGCCGCUCCUUUCGGUGCUGUUCGGAACGUGUUCACUCCGCGUGAGGGUCACCGGGUGUUGAGUUUGGAUACCCUGGAGCAUGGAAGGAAUUACGUGGCGGGUGGAUCUGAGCGCUUUAAAAGAGUCGAUUACAUUAACAUACCCACGAAGAAACCACAGCGCAGAGCGACCGAAAUGUGUGUUCAGCCAGUGGUCCAUAGCAACAUCAUCGUGCCAGCCCGAUGGAGGAGAAUCACGCAUGAGCCUUGUACCAUCAAUGUGUUUACCAACGGAGAAAUCUUAGUUCCCUCUAUUCGCAUCCUCCUGCCCAAGUGCACCCUCCUAAGCUGGGAGAGGGUCCUGGCAAUGGUGACCGAGAAAGUGCGUCUUCGAACGGGAGCUGUGCACAAACUAUGCAGGUUGGAUGGAUCUUCUGUCUCCAGUUCAAGGCAACUGGAGAACAACGGUUACUAUGUGGCUGUGGGCUCAGAGCGGUUCCGUAGGCUUCCUUACUUCCACUGGGUACCGGGGAACAGCUCCCUCCAAGAGGGAAAUAUGUGUGAUUUCCUGCCUCCUGCUCCGACACCUAGAAAGGUGAAGAGCUAUAGAGUUACAUUUUCAGAUCAAAUGUAUAUUACAUUCCAAAAAAAAUCAGCGUUUUACGCCAAGGCCAACAAGAGGACUGAAGAAAACUCCAGACAGAAGAAGGAACACUUAAAAUCCUGGCAGUCUUCUGGAGAGGGCAGCGUGUUCCGUGCCAAGCAGUCCCACACAGACACGCUGAACGCAGAGGAGGUCCAAGAUGAUGCCAACGUUCAAGUGGAGGUGCCCGUUGACCAGAUGGAAGCUACUGUGGUUGAAGAGGAACAUUGUGAGAUGCCUACACCAUCAACGUGUAAAAAAAGAAGCACUUCACCUGUGGCAAAGAUCAGGGAAAAACGUGACAACUGUGAUGACACUGAGCCUGAAACACGUCGAAGUGGGUGCAACGAGACUCAUCCAGAGAAGCAUCCAUCACCUGAAGCACCCUCACAAGAACCAAAGGUCCCUGGCGAGACUGAGACUGAGACCUCUGGUGGCCGUGCCACUCGUCUCCUAGGGCCCCCGGAGCACCACCUGCCCCUACCGGUCAUCGAGUCCCACAGUCUCUCUCCACAGUCCCAUGACCUGUCAUCAGCGCCCACCACUACUGACCCCGGCCCUUUGGAACUCUCGGCGACCUCGCGCUGACCUCAGAACAGUGCAGCCUGUUGAACGGGCAUGAGGAAACCAGCGUACUGAGAUUUGAGAAAUGUCUGCAUCUUAGUUCAGACCAUUCGUAAAAUCAGCAGGUCUUCUGAUCCUUUCCCAGCAUUUGAGAUACUGUCAAAUCUUUGGAAGGAGAACACUCUACCUCACAUGGACGAAUUGCACAUCGCCAAUAAAUGGACAUUCCUUUUGGGAUGGUUAUUGAUUA